ACUUCGGUUAGCAGUGUUAAAAUGGUGGCCGGUGUGUGUAAUUUGAACUUCCCCAAAUCUGUAAAAUUUGCCCUAAAUAUAUCCACUGAAUCCGAAGCUGUAUUCUUGUUAGAGUCAUUGGCAUCCAAUACCAUCUUUUCUCUUCCGUUUCGGUUGGGGAACUGCGGGCCAUUGAGAGAUGGGGCUUCUGAGCAUCAUUCGAAAGAUCAAGCGCAAAGAGAAAGAGAUGCGAAUACUCAUGGUGGGACUUGAUAACUCCGGGAAGACGACAAUUGUCCUGAAAAUUAACGGAGAGGACACAAGCAUUAUUAGUCCUACGCUUGGUUUCAACAUCAGGACCAUCACAUACAACAAGUAUACACUUAAUAUAUGGGAUGUUGGGGGCCAAAAGACGAUAAGGUCCUAUUGGAGGAACUACUUUGAGGAAACCGAUGGUCUGGUAUGGGUUGUUGACAGUUCUGAUCUGAGAAGGCUAGAUGACUGCAAGCUUGAAUUGCAUAAUCUUUUGAAGGAAGAGAGGCUAGCAGGGGCAUCAUUACUGAUUCUAGCAAAUAAACAGGACAUACGAGGUGCUCUUUCACCAGAUGAAAUAGCUAAGGUGCUCAACCUCGAGGCCAUGGAUAAAAGCCGGCACUGGAAGAUUUUCGGAUGCAGUGCAUACACUGGCGAGGGCCUGCUCGAGGGAUUUGAUUGGUUGGUUCAGGACAUUGCCUCUCGAAUCUACAUGCUCGAUUAAGUGAUGUCCAUGGUUGAAACAUCUUUUAGCUUGUAUAACCAAGUGGAGGCUUCCUUUUUGAAAUUAAAUUGAGCUUUGGCUAAUAGCAUACGCCUGAGCUCGUAUUGUUCUCAAAAUUGUUAUUGGCAAUAUGGUUUAAGUACGGCCAAUGUGAAGAUAGCUUUGAAUGGCAAGGAGUUUUCCUGUUUGGUAGAAGCAGAACUCAGUUCAGUUGUAAUUCACCCUUAUGCAGGCUGCUUAUGUGCAAACAUCAUCACUUGAAGGACC